ACCUUUAGCAAGGGUAUUUGAACUAAAUCGUCCUGUAAUGGGGUGUAAGAAGAAUAUUAUAAAACUCCUCUUGGUGGUUUUCAAUGUUAUUGCUGUGAUAAUCGGUCUUGCUUUACUUGGAAUUGGAGCUUACUCGAAAUACGAAUAUGGAGACGUUCUAGCGAUAACUGAUAGCGCUUUUACCAGCAUACCUGCCAUGCUAAUGAUAAUCGGGGUUCUUGUCUUCAUUCUCGGAUUUUUGGGAUGUUUUGGAUCGUUCAGAGAAAACCGAGUUGUUCUCAUUGUCUACACUAUCCUCCUGGUCCUGGUCCUUAUGGGAGAGGUUGUGGCUAUCAUUAUAUCUAUGAUCUACAAGGGAAAGAUCGAAGAGUCGGUCGAAGACGGACUUGAGCUGAAAGUUGAGGGAUACGUAACUGGGAUAGCUGACGAUAUCGAGAUCAUGGACAAGAUACAGGAUACACUACAGUGCUGUGGUAUUCACGGUCCGGAGACGUACACCAAUAACACAGAGUGGCUUAAGAAUCACAGUAACGUUACUGUACCCGCUAGUUGUUGUGGUUCGGUCACUGAACGCGAUCCUAUAAGACGCACCUGCAAAACCUCCAACGACCUGCUCUACACUGAGGGCUGUCUGGAUCUGACAACCCACACGCUGAAAGACAACACAGGUCUUAUUAUUGGGAUCACAAUGGGCUUCAUCGUCAUUCAGAUAAUUGGGGUGUGUCUGGGCUGUGUCUUCUGCCAACGUAUCGCACGUGACGGUUACAAGGAGGUCUAAACACGUGACGUCAUCACAACACCACGUGACGUCAUCACAAAACCACGCGACGUUAUCACAACACCACGUGACGUCAUCACAACACCACGUGACGUCAACACAACACCACGUGACGUCACAUUUUAUUAUCUGUAACUAUCAAUGUAGCUGUAGAUAUUAUCUAGUUAUAUGUUUUAAGUCUUAUUUUAUUGGACUGGAAGUAAAAUGAACCCUGGACUAAUCAAAUUGCAAAUCUCGAGAGUUUGUGUAAAUAACCAAUGUUUUUCAUCUUUUAAAAUAUUAUUACCAGAUUAAUUUAACAAGAUUCUCAAGUAAAGCGAGCUGACAAUAAAUAGUAAUAACACUUAUUUACACAUGCUGUAAAAACUUUCUUAUCGGUCUUGCCUGUUGUUAAUAUUGAAACUGAUUUUAUUAUUUCACCAUCAACUUUGCAAUAAAUCACAAGACUUUUAAUCAAAAGAAUCGCAUUUUGUAGAAUAUUUAACGUACACUGCUAACUGUAUAGAAGGUUUAAAGAUAAUUUGUGAAGAUUUAGAUAUUCGAUUGUAAGAAUCCUUUUUGCCACGCGACACCUUGGUAAUUCAAAAUGUUAAUUUAAAUAUCUCAAAUUCGUGCUGUAAUUGUUUUACGUGCUAAUCACAAUCACUAGCUGUUUAUUUCAUUGUAUUCUGUGUCCAUUUAGUUUAAGUGCCGGGUGAUCAGAUUUUUCUGUUUUCAAAAACUUUUCGUUCAA